CAUGAAAAACUAAUACCAAGUUUUUGUACAGUCCUACAUCAGAAACAUAGCGAUUGAAAAAUGGGGUGCUUGAGUAGAUGCAGGAGUGUCAACCACAGCUUAUUUUAUUUCCGGAUGAUUCUUCUAACCAUUGCUGUCCUUCUCAUGAGGAGUUCUCAGUCUCGAGCUUUUCCACCAUCUACGAUGGAGGUUUCAGGAAGUCAAACUGAUCAAAAUCCAAUUAACUUGGAGUCAAUGUUUAGGAGACUUAUGGCGGUGCUCUCCAAAGGUCAGUCCGUGCCACUGUUCGGACCUAGCCCUGACAUAAACUGAAUUUGUUCACUCAUUGCCAUGCUGCUUUUGUAUGCCUAAAAGGUCUGCUAAUCCAAAUUGAAAGUUAUAAUUAAGAUGUCAAUGAGGCAAAGAUUGUUGUUGAAAUCACAGAGAUUAUUUGUGCUCCUCUUUUUCUUUUGGGUUCAGUUGCUAACAUUUUUCUUUUCCAUUUUUAUAUUAUGUAAUAUAGAGAAAAGUGUUUU